AUGUCACCUAAAAUAACAUUGUCGCAAAAAUAUGGCGUUUCUCCAAUUAAGAAGACUCCAACUAAAAUAAGCUUCAAUGAUUAUUCUCCAAACCUGUUUAUGUCAUCUCAAAAACAUUAUUCUCCCAAAAAUUCUAAGUACAACUUGUCAAAUAUGCCUGGAAAUUUUGUAAAAAAGCAAUUAUUUAAGCCAAAAGAAAGCAGCAGCACACAUUCAACUUCUAAUGAUCAGUUUAAGGAUAUGGUAUCCCAUAAUUUAAUAACUAUGAAACACAGUAUAAGGAAUUUAAAUGAAAAUUUUGAUUUGAUGAUUGAAAGAAGUUCCAAAUUGUCACAAAGCUCAAACCAAAUUCAUGAAGAUGAUGUAGCUGAUAAUUACACAAAUCUCAACUGUAUUUUUCCUAUUAACGACGUGAAUACUUUGAAUGAUAUUGAAGAACAACUAGCAGCAGAUAAAACAUAUCAUAAAUUAAUGACAAAUAAACUAGUCGGAUUAGGUGGAAAAACUAUACAAAUUUAUGUUAAACGAGUUAUGCAUCUAUUAUUCACUGAUGAACUGUUAAAAUAUUAUUAA